AUGGCUCCUGAGGAAGCCUAUUUUCUCAUGGAACAAGGUGCUCAGUUUGACGGAGAACGUUUGCAAAUCCUACGUGAUAAAGAGUACAAGAAAAAUGGAGCUUCUGGAAACUUCUGCUUUCUAACGGAGCACCAGCUCUCUUAUCUUGAAGUUGAAGGACGGUAUAACGAAGCAUGGGGUCUUGCUAUGGAUGUCUAUAAUCACGACGAACUCCCACUUUCAAUUCUGCUCGAGGACACAGGAAUGCUCGUAUUUUAUUUUGCUUUGAUAAAGCAAGAAAAAAGCCGGGGCGUAACUGUAGAACGCAAUCGUUCUACUCUAAGUCUUCUUGAAGCGAAACUUGAAAUCCUAUCACAAACAGUCAAUCGUAGCGUAGAGCGCUACCAAAUAUCUCCCCUCUUUCGAACAUGGCUCUCCGACGCUAUAACCAAAGAUCCCGACCCCAGUAUUGCCUGGGUGACCCUGAAAAAGGGCAAGAGCGAAAUUAGAGUCCGAAGGGAUGUUUUAGCCUACUGGUCGGAAUAUUUUAAACGCCGGUUCUCUGGCCGAUGGCCGGUUCCUGAGACCCUCGUUUUCGACAGCAAUGAUGAGUUUACCACCGAAUCAUUCAUAAAAGUCUUUGGACACUUUGUCACAACGGGAGCUUACGACUACAAGACACCUGAGGAUUGCUACGACGGCCUCAAGGUGGCACGAUAUUUCCUGAUAGAAAAAUUGAUAGAAAAAUUGGAGGGCCUUAUUGAACGUCGUGGCUACCUUGCUGAAUUUGCGGGGAUAAGUCGCUCUAUUGGCUUAAAAUUUGCGAUGUAG